AUGUCUGACCCGAAGCAAAAAUCCGGGAGAUUAUCCCCAUUGGGCCUUUUCAAAGAGGUGUUUAAUUGGUAUCCAUCCUCUUAUCCUUCUGAAGAGAGAAAACUACUGUUCAAGUUAGACCUGUCAAUUCUGAUAUUCGCCUGUCUCUGCUUCUUUGUCAAGUAUCUAGACCAGACAAACAUUGGCAAUGCGUAUGUUAGUGGUCUAAAAGAGGACUUCGGCCUGUACGGAAACGAGUUGAACUACUUCAAUAUCUGCUACUAUACAUCAUAUGUGAUAUUUCAAAUCCCAGGACUGCUGCUCAUGUCACGCCCAAAGUUGGCUCGCUGGUUGCUGCCUACUCUUGAAGUACUCUGGGGUAUUUGCACAUUUACUCAAAGUCGUGUUACAAACGUGCACCAGAUAUACGCCCUUCGCUUCUUGGUUGGAAUGCUAGAAGCACCCGUUUUUGCUGGAACCCAUUUUGUUCUUGGUUCAUGGUACACGGGGCCCGAACUAUUCAAACGAGCCGGAACAUGGUUUAUCUGUAACCCGCUCGGUACAAUGGUGAGUGGAUAUCUACAAGCAGCCGCUUAUACCAAUCUCUCUGGUGUUGGAGGUAUGCCAGGGUGGAGAUGGCUGUUCAUAAUUGAUGGCAUAUUCACCAUCCCCGUGGCCUUAAUUGGAUUUGUUAUAUUUCCUGGUAUCCCGGGCUCACCCAGACCAUUCUAUCUGACGGACCGCGAUAUUACAUUGGUCAAGGAGAGAACCGAGAGAGCCAAAAUUCGUCAGCCUGGCAAGAUGAAUCUCAAUGUCUUCAAGAGGACUUUUAAGAGAUGGCACAUCUGGGUGUUUAUCACUUGCUUCGCAUGUAUGAUGAUCUCCUCCUAUCCAAUCAACUAUAUGAGUCUGUGGCUCAAAGCAGAGGGAUACUCCGUGACUCAAAUUAACCAGCUGCCGACUGUCACCUACGCGAUUUACAUCGUGGUGUCCUGGCUAGGCACAACGUUAGCUGCAAUCUAUCCGGAAUGGAUCAUUUUUACUAUUGCAUCGGCGUGCUGUCUAUUCUCGACAUUAUGCUUGAUAAUUUGGAAUAUCCCUACAGCGCUGAAAUUCGUUGCUUGGUAUACUUUCGGAGCGUCUGGAUGCUUGAGUCCAAUUCUGUACUCCACUAUCAAUAUAAUAGUGAGGGACGAUGCUGAGGAGCGCGCUCUCAUCAUGGGCUCCAUGAUGUCAUUUGGUUAUUCGUUUAACAUCUGGGUGCCGUUGCUGGCAUACCCAACCGCCGGCCCCGACGGUGCACCACGAUGGCCAAAGGGAUGGCCAAUAUCCUUUGUCUUUUUCUUCCUCCUAUGGACUAGCUUUGUAGGCUCUAUUUACCUAUGGCGAAGGGAUCAAAAGAAGCAAGACUUGGUGUCACCCCAGGAAGCUAGUGAUGAGGAAACGGAAACUGUGGUAGUUGACGGGAGCCUGGCAUUGAAAAGCUGA